AUGAUGUACCCUCCUCCUCCACCGCCGCCCAUAUCAAUUGCCGAAAUAAACGCUCCUCCACCACCUCCAAUGCCUACGCCUUAUGGACCUCAUUCGAAUCUCAUACCGGAAGCAUCGAGGCGUGCGGCAUUGAAUAAGCUAGAUAAUGAGCAGCAAUCGUUGCGGGAUCUCCGUGACAAGUUGGUGGGUUCGCGUUUCUCCGUAGCCGCGAUGCGUAAAGAGCUCCACAACCUGCAGAUAGAGAGGAGUGCGAGAGAUGGCUACGUGUUCAACCUGUUGCGCCAGUACUUCAACGAGAACGGUGGUAUUCUACCACGGCAUAUUGAAGAAGCUUUCAAUGAGGAGUCUACACAAAGAGACCGUCUUGGUCUCUUGGAAGCCAAAUACGACGAAGCUGAAGCACGCUAUAAUACGCUAGAAUGGACAUACUCCCGCAGAGAGACAAGGUUCGUUGAAGAAGUUUUGAACAACAAACUCGUGCCCGACGAAUCCGUUGACCAAGCUCGGAGUGCAGAGAACCCGGAAGUUCAGCAAUUGACCCGCUUCAUGACAGGUUCUAAUGACUUCGAUUUAAUAAAGUCUGAUCUCGCAGCUUCUGGUGACGGUGUUGAGGGCAGGGGUAGAACGCAGCUAUCCACAUUUCUAGCGGAGCAAGCUUUGAUGGUCCCACAGAAAGCAAGUACAGAAUUUCAACAAUCUCGCUCGCAAUGGAGCAACCAGAGCGACUUGACACUAGUCAAUACGAAGAUUUUCGACGAUCUCCACCAGACACACGCUCAUUUACGCUGGGUAGAGAAGAUGAAUAAAAUCGACGGAUGGCUGCUUGGAGUCGUGGAUACCUCGCCCCUUCAAAAGCUUUAUCUGAAAUCGAUACAUGACUUUGGUUUUUCAGACACAAAGGUAUGGUGGGAACGUACGAAAUGGCUUCUGAUACAAGACUAUUCCAAACAUUUCCACACGGGCGAUUCUACGAUUUCCAUUCCUGCUGCAGCCCAACAUGUGUCCAAAUCUACCCGCGAAGAGAUGAGCCAGGAACUAUCUGUUCUUGAACCUCACAGCACAAGUCAAAUGCUGCUUGGUAUGGAGCCAACGAAUGUGUCCGAAGUUGCUUAUAUACCCAAUUUUCUCGCGUCAAGCAACUCCUACGAAACGCUCAGUCAAACAACGACACCCCGCGAACUAUCAGUCGCUACUAGAGAAGAAGCCAAAAACCCGAAAUAUAUUGCCCAUUCACCCCGUCAAAUUUCACCAAGGAGCAUCAUCAGCGUCAACGACGGUCGUCCACACCUUAGCCAUCGCUAUACUCGGUCGCUAUCGGUCGCAGUGGGGGCUGGGGGUCAGACGGAACUAAGUAGCUCGAACAUGACCUCCAUAUCUCUACAAAAGAGAAACGCGGCUCAUAGACGCCACACGUUGCCCGAGAUCAAGGGAGCUGAGCCUAUGGAACCUCGACGUCCAACAACGAACCCCGAGAUCCCUCCAGUCUCGCCAAGCGACGUUCCAUCGCCUCCAGUCCACCCAAAAAGUGAAGAGCUCCUUCUAAGACGUUCAGGCCAGUCCGACAACCAGCUUCCCAGACACUCGGGAUCAAUACGAUCUUUCGCAGCAGCCACUCCACAAUCCGAGUCACCACAAGGCAACCAAUCAUCGUUCGUAAAGAGAUGUCCAGUCAUGUAG